AUGACUUCAUUCCAUCAUUUACCGACCGAGAUCUUGUGCCAUGUGUUGAGUGGUUUCGAUACAGCGGAUAUACUAGCCGGCUCAUACUUGGUCUCCAAAACGUGGCAUACACGACUCAUACAAUGCGCUCCAUUGUGGAUCCACGUCAAGACCGAAAAGGAGCAAUUUUCACCAAGGGCGCUAUUACCUGUGGCCCAUCAUAUCCAGAAACUCGACAUCAUUGAUCAUCAUCACCCAUGGCUACAGUUGCUAUUUGAGGAUAUCAAACGAGGCGUAUUUGUCAAUCUACGGCAUCUCAAACUUAAUCUACGUAAGACUUGUCAGAUCCCUUUUCCUCUUGAACACGACUGA